UAUUCUAGUCUAUGCGUUGAAAUUAAACGUCACGCGUAAAUGGCGAAAAGUAUACGUGAUUAAUGCGUACGACGAUAUAUAAAGAAAAAAAUUACUUGUAUUGCGUUUUAUUAAAUCGAUCCGUUAACGCGAAACACAGAGUGCAUUGGAAUAUACAGACGGUCUGUGUCUGUCCUUUUUCGAGCUAAUAAACGACACGUCUGCAAAAUGAUGGCGAGUUGACCUAUUACGAAGAAUGGAAUGCUGUAUGCACAACGGUACGUUUCAACGUAGAGCAUCAAAAUAAAAUUAAUCCAGGGAGUACUAUUUAAAAAAUAAGAUGGCGGAUGUCGAUCCGGAAACUUUAUUGGAAUGGCUCAGUAUGGGACAAGGAGACGAAAGAGACAUGCAAUUAAUUGCAUUAGAGCAAUUAUGUAUGCUGUUACUUAUGUCUGAUAAUGUUGACCGCUGCUUUGAAUGUUGCCCUCCGCGCACAUUUCUUCCAGCACUUUGCAGAAUCUUUUUGGACGAAAUGGUACCGGACAGUGUGCUGGAAGUGACUGCUCGUGCUAUCACAUAUUACUUGGAUGUUUCUGCAGAAUGUACACGCAGAGUGGUUGCUAUGGAAGGUGCUGUGAAAGCGAUUUGCAGUCGUCUUUCUGGCGCUGGUCUGGGUUCCAGAGCCAGUCGAGACUUGGCAGAGCAAUGUAUAAAGGUAUUAGAGCUCGUAUGCGCGAGAGAAGCAGGUGCUGUGUUCGAAGCUGGUGGUCUCCCUUGUGCGUUGUGCUUUAUCCGUGAGCACGGAGCACGUGUGCAUCGGGAUACAUUACACUCAGCUAUGGCAGUCGUUACUCGAUUAUGCGGCAAAGUUGAACCCCAAGAUAAGGCUUUACCCGAUUGCGUCGAGGCUCUUUCGGUGUUACUCAGACACGAAGAUGCGCAUGUUGCGGAUGGGGCACUUCGUUGCUUCGCAUCGCUGGCGGAUAGGUUUUCACGAAGGGGAACUGAUCCUGCGCCAUUAGCGUCGAAUGGAUUAGUUUCUGAACUAUUAUAUAGGUAUACAUCACACACACAUACAUGCGCGUGCGCGCACAUACGCACACACACAGAAUCGAUAGUCAUCAUACCGUCAUAUUUUUUACGCUUAUCAUUUUUUAGGUUGUCAAAUGCAGCAGGACCUAGUACAUCUACUACAGCAACAUGCAGCAAUCCCAAAACGCCUCCACCGUCCAAUACCGCCAAUACGAUGCCAGCUCCAGAACCAAAAUCCUGCGCUUCAGUUUCGACCAUAAUUAGUCUUUUAUCGACACUUUGCAGAGGAUCUCCGUCGAUUACGCACGAUCUCUUACGUUCGGAGUUACCAGAUGCGAUAGAAAAGGCACUAAAAGGAGACGAGCGAUGCGCUCUUGAUUCCAUGAGACUGGUCGACCUUCUAUUAGUCUUACUGUUCGAAGGAAGAUCGGCGUUAGGUCGUAGCACUACCGGUGGUUCGUCUGGUCCCUUGUUACCAAGACUGAGACGUCUGGACAGCGCUGGAGAGAAAUCGCAUAGACAAUUAAUCGAUUGCAUACGCUCGAAAGAUACGGAUGCGUUAAUAGAGGCGAUCGAUUCAGGUGGGAUUGAAGUUAACUUUAUGGAUGAUGUUGGGCAAACGCUGCUUAAUUGGGCCUCAGCAUUCGGCACGCAAGAGAUGGUCGAAUUUCUAUGCGAUAGAGGAGCGGAUGUUAAUAAAGGUCAACGAUCGUCCAGUCUACAUUAUGCGGCUUGCUUUGGAAGACCCGCCAUUGCCAAAGUCUUGCUUAGACAUGGUGCAAAUCCUGAUCUGCGGGACGAGGACGGUAAAACGCCUCUGGAUAAAGCCAGAGAGCGCGUCGACGAAGGGCAUAGAGAGGUUGCGGCCAUUUUGCAAUCGCCCGGAGAAUGGAUGUUACCACCGAAUCAAGAACAUAGGAAACUUGAAACCGAAGCGGAAGAAUUUACAGAACCUAAGGGAGAUCCUGAAAUGGCGCCUGUUUAUCUCAAAAGAUUACUACCGGUGUUUUGUGCAACCUUUCAGUCAACCAUGUUACCGAGCGUUAGAAAAGCGAGUUUAAGCUUGAUUAGAAAAAUGGUGCAUUACAUUCAGCCAGAAUUACUUAUAGAAACUUGUGGAUCUGAUAAAACGGGAGGAUGUGGAGCUAUGCUUGUAGAAGUAAUCGCCAAUGUUUUAGAUAAUGAGGAAGAUGAGGAUGGUCAUUUGGUCGUUCUACAAAUGAUACAGGAUCUGAUGAUUAAAGGCAAAGAUGAAUUCUUAGAACAUUUUGCGCGUUUGGGAGUAUUUUCGAAAGUUGCCGCUUUGGCUGGACCACAAGAAACCACAUCCGAACCAGAAACCGAAUUAAAUCAAACGGGAGAGGAACAAAGAAUGGAAGACGCGAAGGAAUUACUAAUAGGAAGAGCAUAUCACUGGAGAGACUGGUGCAUAUGCAGGGGACGUGAUUGUUUGUACAUCUGGUCGGACGCGGCGGCUUUGGAGCUAUCAAAUGGAAGUAACGGAUGGUUUAGAUUUAUCCUCGACGGCAAACUGGCGACCAUGUAUUCCAGCGGGAGCCCGGAAGGCGGGACGGACACGUCGGAAAAUCGUGGUGAAUUUCUGGAGAAACUGCAAAGGGCACGUAGUCAGUUAAAAGUGAACUUUGUAAGUCAGCCUGUGCUUACUCGGCCUGGUACUACGCGGCUGGUCGUAGGAAAUUGGGCGUUAUCAAGCAGAAAGGAAAGCGAAUUGUGUAUACAUAAUAGCGAUGGCCAACAACAAGCAACCAUUUUAAGAGAGGAUCUACCAGGCUUUAUCUUUGAAUCAAAUAGAGGCACCAAACAUUCUUUCACGGCAGAAACAAGUUUAGGCCCAGAAUUUGCAGCGGGUUGGACUGGCAAAAGAGGGAAAAGAUUACGAUCAAAAAUUGAAGCGAUUAAACAAAAGGUCAAAGUACAAGCGCAAGAGAUAUACGAGUGUUACUUUAAAGCAGCUCAAGCGCAACCACGCGGCGUAGUCGCUAAACUUGGUACCAUUGUUAGUCAAAUAGAGAAAGCAUCACAGAAGCAACAGUCUGGGAAUCGCGAGUGGCGUAAUAUAUUACAAACCGCAUUAGAGCAACUUAAGGUAUUGUUGAACGAAGAAGGUCGGGUGUCCGCGUACGAAUUGCACUCCAGUGGCCUCGUACAAGCGUUGCUCGCUUUAUUGGCCGCACCUCCUGGACCCUCGCCUCCGACAUUGAGGACGAUUAAACUCAGAAUGCAGAGGAUAACUGUAUUUAAAAGCUGCUUUCAUACAAAAGACACGAAUAAGGAACAUAAUUCAGCUAAAAUUUUAGUCCAUAAAUUAGUUUCAGUGCUAGAAUCAAUAGAGAAAUUACCAGUUUAUCUAUAUGACACACCCGGAUCAGGCUACGGCUUACAGAUUUUGACGAGAAAAUUACGUUUUCGACUGGAGAAAGCGUCUGGCGAGAGCGCGCUGAUAGAUCGAUCUGGUCGCAGCUUAAAAAUGGAACCGUUGAGCACGAUACAGCAAUUGGAGAAUCAUUUGUUAAAAAUGGUAGCCAAGCAAUGGCACGAUCACGACAGAUCUACAUUUACAUUUGUGAAAAAAUUGAAGGAGGAAAAUAGAAUAACGUUUAAGUAUCAGCAUGAUUUCGACGAGAACGGAUUGUUGUAUUGGAUCGGGACAAACGCUAAGACUUGUUCGGAGUGGGUGAACCCGGCUCAAUACGGUCUAGUUGUCGUGACAUCGAGCGAUGGAAGGAAUCUACCAUACGGUCAUCUCGAGGAUAUACUUAGUCGUGAUCCAUCGGCGUUAAACUGCCACACUAAUGACGACAAGCGUGCCUGGUUCUCGAUAGAUCUCGGAGUGUGGGUUAUUCCAAACGCGUAUACCUUAAGACACGCGAGAGGUUAUGGCAGAAGCGCAUUGAGGAAUUGGAUGUUUCAAGCGUCGAAGGACGGCAUCACGUGGGUGACACUGUACGCCCAUGUGGAUGAUUGCUCUCUAAAUGAGCCAGGCAGCACGGCUACCUGGACAUUAGAGCCUCCAAACGAAGAAGCACAAGGCUGGCGACAUUUGCGUUUACAGCAAAUUGGAAAGAACGCUUCAGCGCAAACGCAUUAUCUAUCCGUGUCUGGUUUUGAGGUCUACGGCGAGGUAACCGGCGUGUGCGAAGACUUGGGUCGCGCGGCUAAGGAAGCCGAGGCCGGCGUGCGAAAGCAGAGAAGAUUCAUCAAAACGCAAGUUCUCAAGCAUUUGGUCGCGGGAGUUAGAGUUGCCAGAGGUCUGGACUGGAAGUGGAGAGAUCAGGACGGUGUGCCACCAGGUGAAGGCACAGUAACGGGAGAGUUGCAUAAUGGAUGGAUAGAUGUAACAUGGGAUCACGGUGGCUCUAACUCGUACAGAAUGGGCGCGGAAGGAAAGUAUGAUCUCAGAUUAGUCGGCACUGGUCUGGAAACGGAUAAUACGGCGAAGUGUAAAAGUAGCGGAGGAGUUUUAACUGGUCGAAAGUCAAGUAGUACUCCUAGUUUACCCGAUUGCACCGAUACCGCUAUGCGUGGGUCGGUAGCUUCCACGGAUCAAGCCGCGAGCGCGGACAAUCUAGCGGCAAAGCAAGCUGCCGAGUCGAUAGCCGAGAGUGUGUUGUCGGUAGCCCGUGCCGAGGCGGUGGUCGCUGUAACUGGUGAGAGUGGGGCGAACUCAACGAGUGAACUUUCCGUUGUAUUGCAUCCCAGACCGGACACAACCGUUAGCGAUCUAGCUACUAUCGUCGAGAGCCUCGCCCUCAACACAGAUUGCCCAGUUAACAGUAAUAGCAAUCGAGCGUCUAGCUCGAAACCUCUUUUCGCCACUGUAAGAGGAAACAAGGCUAGUGGAGGCUUACUGAGCUUAGAAACAGCUGAAGUUCUGGAUCGCAUGCGAGAGGGUGCCGACAGAUUGCGGAACAAUACCAAUAGUUUUCUGAACGGCGAGCUACUUGGCUUAGUUCCGGUUAGGAUCAGUGUUUCUGGCGAGUCGGACGAAAACUCAUUAAGAAUUAAAUCCGUACCAAGACAUCAUCCUACUGGAAUCACAGAUGUUGCUAAAGACUGUACUCGAGAGAAAGAAGCUAGCUCAUCUACGCAAAAUGCAACGGGCGAUUGUCCUGUUGUGGUUACCAAUCCCAUGUCAGUAUCUGUGCCUAAUCUCGCUUGUUCCGAUGCUAACAACACCUUGGAACCAACAGCUGCUACUGGUUUAUUGGAAACUUUCGCUGCAAUGGCACGGAGACGAACGUUAGGACCUACGGGUGGACAGCAUCUCACUUCAAAUUCUAAUACGAGUUCGAAUACACGAGGACCGAAUUCUGUAUCUAGUCUCGUACGAUUGGCACUUAGUCCUAAUUUUCCUGGUGGAUUACUUAGUACUGCGCAAAGUUAUCCAAGUCUGACGAGUAGCGGACAAGUGGCUGGUAGCGGCGUUACUACGACAACUGGGCCAGGCUUAGGACAAGCGCUUACGAUGUCUCUGACUAGUACAAGUAGCGAUAGCGAGCAAGUUAGUCUCGAAGAUUUCUUAGAAUCUUGCGGAGGUGUAGCAACCUCUAGCACUGGCGGAGGCCGAACCACAGGCGGACAUACGCUUUUGACUGAAUUAGAGGAUGACGAAGACGGUGUUUUGGAAGAAGAAGAAGAUAACGAAGAAAAUGAUCAAGAUGUAAGUGAAGAAGAUGAGGAAAAUGAAGAAGAAGGUGAUGGUUGUGAAGGUGAAUACGAAGAAGUAAUGGUAAGCCGCAAUCUUUUAGCGGCAUUUAUGGAGGAAGAAGUACCACAGAAUAGUAAAAGACGUGCAUGGGACGAUGAAUUUGUAUUGAAGCGUCAGUUUUCCGCUCUCAUUCCUGCUUUCGAUCCACGUCCUGGCCGGACGAAUAUCAAUCAAACAACGGACUUGGAAGUUCCUCCUCCCGGAAGCGAAGCGCAAAUUAAUAGUCGCAUAGGAUCGCUACCAAUGCCUAGACUUUCUUUAUCAUUGAAAGGGCCAGGAUUUCCAGGAAUAUCCGACGUCGAGAUACCGCUUUCGGAUCCGCACGCUAGUAUUUUCCAAGCGGUUCAGGAAUUAAUGCAAUUAACUGAAUUGGGCAGCCGCCAAGAAAAAUUAAAAAGGAUAUGGGAACCUACUUACACCAUAAUAUACAAGGAAGCCAGAGACGAGGAAUCAUCCGGUAGAGCGACACCGAUCGUGACACUGUACUCUCGUAACUCUGCGCAGAAUGCAAAUGCGUGUACUGUGGAGGAUGUCUUGCAGCUUCUGAGACACGUGUUUGUUUUGGGCACUAUUCGAGAUGAUGACACUUUGUUGGAACAGGAAGAACCAAACGAAACAACCUACUGGCUUCAUCCGGAUGAUUUUACGUCCAAGAAAAUUACGAACAAAAUCAUACAGCAGAUUCAGGAUCCACUGGCUCUGGCCGCCGGUGCAUUGCCCAAUUGGUGCGAAGAACUCGCGCGAAGCUGUCCAUUUUUGUUACCUUUCGAAACUAGACGACUCUACUUCAGUUGCACCGCUUUCGGUGCGUCACGGUCUAUUGUAUGGUUGCAAACGCAGCGCGACGCAAUUCUGGAAAGGCAAAGAGCACCGGGUUUGAGUCCACGACGUGACGACAGUCAUGAAUUCCGUGUCGGGAGACUUAAGCAUGAAAGAGUCAGCGUACCUAGAGGGGAAAAGUUGCUAGACUGGGCGGAACAAGUGUUGAAGAUGCACGCAAGUCGCAAGAGUAUACUCGAAGUGGCGUUUGUGGGAGAAGAAGGUACCGGUCUGGGACCUACUUUGGAAUUCUUCGCAUUGGUCGCAGCGGAAUUACAGCGUAAAGAUUUGGGGCUUUGGCUAUGCGACGACGCCUCAGACGAUGAUAAUACGCAGAUCUUGAGCGACGAGUCCUGUAUUUCCGGAGAGAAGAUCCGGCCUGCGGGAUAUUACGUAACACGAGCCAGCGGUCUGUUCCCAGCUCCGUUGCCGCAAGAUUCAGCAGCUUGCGAUCGCGCUGUUCGAUAUUUUUGGUUCCUAGGAGUCUUCUUGGCAAAGGUUCUCCAAGAUAAUAGAUUAGUAGAUCUACCACUGUCCCGUCCAUUCUUAAAAUUAAUGUGCCGCGGUGAUAUAUCAAACAAUGUCAACGAGAAAAUCGGUCUUACCGGCGUUACGCAAGAAAGCAUGUCGUCCAGCAUGUCGAGCAGCUUUAUAUCGGAGGAAGGCGAGAUCGAUGCCACAUGCUCUUCGCUGGAAUCUUCUCCAUGGUAUGCUGAUCUAUUAAACAUAGACGAUCUCGCCGAGGUGGAUCCCAUAAGAGGAGAGUUUUUAAAAGAAAUACAAAACGCAAUUACUAAACGUGAUAGAACUUUUUCUGAUGGUCUAAAUUCUGCCGAUGAGGAAACGUCAUUAUACAUCACUUAUCCGUCGGGCACUUCUGUAGUUAUCGAAGAUUUGGCAUUAAGCAUGACAUAUUCGCCGAGCUCGACAGUUUUCCAACACGAUCAAGCGGAAUUGGUGGAAGGUGGCUCUGAUAUAGCAGUGACGAAAGAAAAUGCAAGAGAAUAUAUUAAUCUUACGGUCAAUUAUUGUCUCAAUCAAGGAAUUUGUAGACAACUUGAAGCAUUCAAGUCAGGUUUCUCGAAAGUUUUUCCGAUGGAAAAACUCCACGUUUUCAGUCCAGAGGAAAUGAGAGCUAUGCUUUGUGGUGAACAGAAUCCGCAGUGGACGAGAGAAGAUUUACUCAAUUACACUGAGCCAAAACUGGGAUACACAAAAGAAAGUCCUGGUUUCCAAAGAUUUGUCAACGUGCUAUUGUCAUUGACCGGUUCUGAAAGAAAAGCAUUCUUACAAUUUGCUACUGGAUGUUCAGCUCUACCUCCAGGAGGUUUAUGUAAUCUAUAUCCUAGAUUGACUAUCGUGCGGAAAGUGGACGCUGGCUCUGGCGGUUAUCCUUCAGUUAAUACCUGUGUUCAUUACUUAAAAUUACCAGAAUAUCCUACCGAAGAAAUUCUAAAGGAACGGCUACUUGCUGCUACCCGUGAAAGAGGAUUUCAUUUGAAUUAAGGUUAUUCCCUCGCUGGAAGUUUAUUCAAGUCAUUCGUAGAUUAUUCGGAAAAAAUUAUACUUAACAGAUUCAUAUGUGUAUGCUGUAUGUAGGGAUGAGUACGGCCUUUAUUGUAAAUUAAUAUUAUUUUUUUGGUACGAACUAGCAUAAGCAAUCAGCAACUUAGUAAUCUUUGCGACAGAUACUUUAUCUUUGCAGAAAUAUGUGUCCAUAAAAUUAAAUCUAUUCCUUCUUCUGCUUCGCUUCAAUAUCUUUUGUUUUCAAAUUUAGAUGUAAAAUAAUUCUGCACUCUAAUUUUCUUUUUUUUAUUUGAGAAAUAUUGAUAAAUGUGUGUGAAUUUCAGUAAAUCCGUAAUCGCAAUCGUGGUACACUUAUCAACCAACGCCUCGAGCUCUCUUAAAAUCCACAUUGGUUUUCUGUAUAUUGAUCUUUGUAAUAUUUCAUAUAUACAUAUAUAAUUAAAUAGAUAAGACAAAAUAUGGUAAACACAAUAUUUAUAUCUAAUGUAAUUUCCUGUUAUGAAUUAGUUACUAUCCCCUCAUUUUAUUUUCCUAUAAACAUUAUUUGUAUUUGAGCUUAAAAUUUGCAAACUAUGAUUAAUCGAAUUUCUGCAAACAUAUGGGUUAUAAAUAUAUUAUUAAUAUAUAUUAUGUUACUUAUAAUUCAAAAUAUAUUAUUUCUUGUACAUUAUGAGUAAAAAGAGCUAAGCUUUGAUGCACAAAUAGAUAAAAUCGUAUUCUUCAGUUUAUUUUAAAUAGACUUUAAUAAAAUUUUAAUUUGAGGCUUGGUUAUAAAGAUAUGUAAUUGAAAAAUUGAAAGAUUGCAAUAAAUAAUAACUUCUUUCGACGUUUUACGGAAAGGAAAAAUCUAUUGCAAUCCAAGAAUCUGUUAUCACACAAUAAGAUUGAGUUGUGAAAUAUCAUACCCUGUAUAUGCGUAUAUAUUUAUAAUUAUUAAAAUAUUCGGAAAUUUA